AGCCCCUUUUUUUUUGGAGGGCGCUUCUGGGGGGGGUCUGGGGGGCAGCGAGGCUGUUCGUUGAACCCCGUGACUUUGAGAGACCGUGACCUUGAGCCGGUCGAGAGGACCCUGCCAGGGGGGCACUUCUGGCGGGACCCAGCCCCGGCUCAGGUCGGUUACAUCCUGGCCAAGAGGACCCUGGCAAUUCAGGUCCUGGUUGAGAGGAUCACCCAGGGCACCUAGGGCACCUGGGCGGGACCCGCCCCGGCUCAGGUCGGUAGGGCACCCAGGGCACCUAGGGCACCUGGGGGUCAGUUACGGGCGCGCUCGCUUACGUCUGACAUCCACGAUAAAAAGAACGCAGUUUUUCACCUGCAGGUCGCGGACCUCCACCAGGCCGCAUUGCUUGCCCUAGUGGCGAUGGUAGUCAUCUUGACUCUUGCUUGCCGGUCCUUUUUCUAUAGGGCGGACAACAAAAUGGUCCGACUAAAGGGACGGCCCUCGGCUCACGCGGCUCGAGGGCCGCCAUUUCCGGAAAAAAACACCAUUUUGUUUGUUUUUCCGUAAAUUCAGCUUUGCGUGGUUUUUGAGCGUGAUUUUGCAUGACAGGUUGCCGGUGUUGCGUUUUUCUCAUGAUUUUCACGUUGUCGGUCGUGUUUGGAAAGAGCUUCCCCAAGCACGUGAGCCUUGUGAAGGCGAGAUUCGGGGACGUUCUGGGGUCGGGCGGCAGGGAACCGCUCGCGGGUGCAAAGACUUCGACGUGCAGAUCUUCUCGCAGUGGAUCCAAUUCGUGCUACUGGGGACUCUGUGGCUGGGCACCUGUGCGGAUUGGUGUCAACUCGGCCUUUGAGCAGUGUUUCAGGCUUUGUUUUGACAUCGAGGCAUACUGUUUGGGUCCCAACUCGCCAAUCUGCCCGUGUAUCUUUGGAAAUCGUGACCUCGUUGAGCCAGGUGCCAUGAAGCAACGUCCUUCCAUCAAGACGUCUGGCCCUGGCGGCCCGGUGCCGAUUUCGGCUGCUUGUUUUGCAGGAUGUGGGUCAUCUAGUCUGACGGAUGGACGCUGCGAAGCCUUGCAAGGCUUGGCCCGACCGACCUUCAGGCCGCGAGUG